AUGGAAUUAUUUAACGACACUGAACCUAUUAAUGCUACAACUUACGAAGCAUUAAAUGAAUUAUUGAAUAUAUUAAAUGAAUUAAAUGAUACAAUGAAUAAAGAUUAUCAAAGUGGUAUAGGUCAUAGGCUAAUAUUUGACACAGAUUCUCCAGAUAAAGCAA